AUGAAGGCAGAAACGGCUACGCAGUCUAUGGUUAAAAUAAACAGCAUGGCAAAAGAGGAGAUGCAGAAGGUAAGAAGAAGUUCGUUGAGACAAUUUUGGGAUUUCAGGCGAUUCCUUGGCUGAAAUUUGAAAUAUUGAGACCUAACCAGGCUUUGUUGUUUGUAAUAGUUUAGAAUUUUUUUUAGUGAUGACGAUACAAUAAGCUCAUCUUAGACCUAGCAUGACCUCAUUUACUCUUGCAAACCUCUCUGAAUCAUCAAAAAUACAUUUUUCGUUCCACUUUUUUCUCAAAAACUAUUUCCCAAACGACUCCAUUAAUUCUCCUCCGUUUUUAGCGUUCCUCCAACUCCCGCCAACCCUCCCGGCAAGCCCUGCAACGUCACAUUGCCCUUUUGCAGACCAAGCGACAUUACCAAAGUCGUUUGCCUUUGCUUCAACAAAUUUUAAUCCAAGAAGAGUUCGAGGACAAAGUGGGGAAGCUGAAUCAGUACUUUGACGAAAGCUCAGAUGAUGAGAGUAACGCCUCCAGCUCUAGUUCAAGUGCAUCGUCAUCGUCUUCCGAUUCCUCAUCGUCGGAAUCUGAUAGCGAUGACGACGAUUUUGGGCCCACAUAUACGCUGGUAAAACGACCAAGAAUGUCGAUUAUGUCGUCCAGGAAAAAAUCCAAACAGUAA